AUGAUGACCACCACCACCACCACGAUUUUUCGCACCGUUGUGAAGGAGGUCUCUGCGGCCUCCUCGCCCGCGCCAUCUGCCACCUCUACCUCCUCCACCCCCUCCAACUCCUCCGCCGCCAUGAGCAAUCUGGCGAUGGUGCCACCCGGCCUUUGGGCCGUAAUCAUUUUCGUGCUGUGCGUCGCCGUGGGCGGCAUAGGUUGGCUCUGCUGCAACAAGCAGAAGAAGGGCGAUAAGCCCAAGGAGGAUGAGCCCAGAGAGGCCGAGGGGACCUCGUAA